CCACUCUCCGAGGACACCGCACAACCGAACAGACCCGGACACUAGUCACAACCGUUCGCCACGACUCGUCCCUUUCCUUUCCCCUCUGCCAAGUAGCAGCGAGAUUUUAAAGAACCAAAAGAUAACACAGUCCAGAAGAUCCCAGACUCUCCCAGCCAAGGAUGAGGGGCUAAACUUUCACAGAGAGAGAGAGAGAGGGGAAAAAAAGUUCUGCUGAAAGUGGGGAGGAAGGCCGGGAGGAGAGGAGAGUGGACGAGCUGCUGGUGUGUGCGUGUAUUCCCGUUGUACCUGCGAGAUGGAAGGGAGCUUCAAGUGUGCUGUACCUCUGGUGUUGUUCUGCGGUUGGUUUAGCGGGGUGCACCUGAAAAGUCCAAGCUGCCACGAAGUGCGGACUGCAUUCCAACUCCGGCAAAUAGGACCACUCAAGUUGGUGCCCGACACUCCUGGGAGAGAUGGGGAUUUACAGAUCUGUAUGCACAACGAGCCAACCUGUUGCACAAAGAGAAUGGAAGAGAGGUAUCAAGUAGUGGUGCGCCGAGAGGUCCUACAGAGCAUCCAGUUCCUGAGCUUUGAACUGAAAUACAGAAUUGAAAAGAAUGGCGGGGCUUUCCAAGAGGCUUUUAAAUCAUUGAUACACAUUGCAACCAAUCACACCAACUCUAUGUUCAAGACAGGGUACAGAACAAUGGCAAAGGAAGCUUCAGAGGUGGUGAAGGGCUUCUUUACUGACAUCUCUCUCUACGUUCUGGAUUUGGACACAAGCAUUGAAGACAUUGUCCUGAGUUUCUUUGAUAGCCUCUUUCCAUUGGUUUUCAAUCGCCUGAUACACCCAGGGCUCAGUGACGUUUCUGUGGAUUAUUCAGAGUGCCUUCGAUUGACCAGACAGGACAUCAACCCCUUUGGUUCCUACCCUAUGAAGAUGGCAGCUGAACUGACCAAGCCCCUCCAGGCAAUGAAGACUCUUCUACAAGCCUUGAACAUAGGGAGUGAGGUGAUAAAUAUGACUGAAAAUGUUGCUUUCACCCGGGAAUGUACCAGAGCCUUGGUGAAGAUGGAAUACUGCUCUCACUGCCAUGGACUGACUCUGAUCAAACCUUGUGUCGCCUACUGCCUCAACGUCAUGCGGGGCUGCUUGGCUAACGUUGCGGAUAUUGAUCUGCACUGGCGGGAUUACAUUUCCACUCUGGACGAGCUCACCAGUGUUAUUAUGGGAUCGCGAGGUGUGGAGCAAGCAUUGCUCAGGGUGGCCCCACUUGUGAAUGAAGCUAUUUUGCAAGCCCAGCUCAAUGGACCGAAGAUUUCCACAACAGUGAGUAAGGUUUGUGGCCAACCCCAAGAGCGACCAAUAGCAACAUUGCUGGUAAGCACCGUACAGACACCAGCCAUGGUGAGCUUCAAACCGCAGCCAGCCACUCAAUUCGCCAACCUGACCCACAGAAGAAGCUCGCUGCCUCUGAAAGAAGUAAAGACUGAUAGGCCCAGGACAAUGAAACAAAACACUAGAGACUUCAUGAACUACAUUCGGAGGUACAGGACCUUUUACACUUCUCUGGCGGAACAAAUCUGUGAAGGUGAACUUCUUCCUCAAGAUAGUUCAACCUGUUGGAGUGGAAAGGAUGUGGUUGAAAGUUAUACAAACAGAGUCGUUGGGAAUGGACUCAAAGAACAGGCCAACAACCCAGAAGUGAAAGUCCGAGGACCUGACCCGAUGGUUAAGCAAGUCAUUGACAAGCUCUUGUAUAUUAACAAGAUGCAACACGGCAAAUCGACCAAGGCCGCACAGUGGUCCUCGAGUCAAGGUGGCAGUGGUGAGGGUGAGGACACGGAGUCAAGCGGAGAGUGCGAUGAUGAAGAUGGGUGUACGGGAUCUGGAAGUGGAGCACCAGGAAGGCAGAAGAAUACAUAUGCGCCAGAAGACCGGUGGGCGACAAACAAGAUUUUCCCAGCUGUUGCCCCCACUCUGAGGGGAGCCAAGAUGACAUCUCCAAGCUUGUCGCCCAGCAUCACAGCCCAGAGCAAACCAGGAACUGCCCCCAGUCACUGCAGCCCUUUACCUAUCGCCAUUAUCACAACGCUGGGGCUGCUGUGUCACUGGUUGUUAUAGUUGCGAUGCCUGCCUUUAUUUAUCCAGUGUUACAAUCAUCAUGCAGCUUAUUUUUCUUAUUGGAGGUCAGCUGAUGCUU